AUGAUACUAUAUUCUGUAUUUUUUUUAGGAUUAUCCGUUGUUAUGUCUUUACAAUUUGAAAUCAGUGAUUACACAGUAUCAUUACAACGAGCAGAAAAAUAUCUGUUUCAAUACGGAGGAUUAAUCUUGAUAGUUUUAGGUAGUAUUGGUUGUCUACUUAGUUGGAUAGUCUUUAGCAAAAAGACUCUUCGCAAAAAUUCUUGUUCAAUAUAUAUGAUGGCAUUUCACAUUGCUAAUUUUACAUAUAUUAUUACACUUAUAUUGCCAUCAGUAUUAUCGAUUGGUUAUGGUAUGACAUUUAUCACAUCUACUUUAGGUCUUUGUCGAUUUUCUAUAUACAUGGCUUUCGCCCUGGAUAUAAUAAGUCCUACUUGUUUAGUUCUAGCUUCUAUUGAUCGAAUCUUAGUUACGUCACCAAAUGCUUUAACAAGACAAAAGAGUACUUUUCGCCUUGCAUUUAGAAGUAUCAUUUGUGCAACACUAUUUUGGAUUUUAUUCCAUAGUCAUUCAUUGAUCUUAAUGCACGUUAUUCAAAUUGCACUGAGUACUUUUAUUUGUUAUACGCAAUCUGCUGUAUAUCUUGUGGUCAUAAGUUACUAUUCACUUCUAAAAAAUAUUCUUAUUCCGACGCUUUUAGCAGGUUUAGGUCUUUUGGCUGUCAGAAAUAUUCGAAAAAUAGGUCACAAUAGGGUUGUUCCUGAUGCAACUACAAUGGGAACAGUAAACGAUCGUGGUUUACAGUCGAUUCAUUCCAAAGAUCGUCAACUCGUUCGUAUUCUUCUCAUUGAUAUUGGGAUUUAUGUCAUCUGUGUCUAUCCACAAACAGCAAUAAACUUAUAUCAACAAAUUACUCAAUAUGACACGAAAAGUUUUGAUCAAACACAAGCAGAAGUUUCAAUCCAAUAUCUAUGUUCAUUUUGUGGUUUUAUUCCAUAUUGUAUUGGAUUUUAUAGCAAUUUAAUCGUGUCAAAAACAUUUCGAAAUGAAGUGAAGAAUAUCUUUUUGUGCAAAUAA